AUGGCAUUUCCCACCCAGCCAGCAUUCGUUGUUCACGGCGAUAUGGACGAAAGAACGGCCAAACAUCCCGGAAUGAAAUUCCUGGAAGCUGUUAAAAGCGACUUUGACCAGCGCAAUUGGGAUCCCAAGUACUAUGCACCGGACUUCACCUGGGUCGCGCCUAAUGGCCAGGUAACCGAAGGCCGAGACAAGGCGCUGGAGGUCAUCAAAGCACAAUACAUGCCUCUCACCGCACAUUGGCAUGAGCCCUUUUACCAGGUGUGCACCGAAACCGGCUAUGGCUACGAGCUGCUCGGAUCGGCCACCAUGUGGGCCAACCUCGCGGGGGAGCCAGCGGCAGGCGAGACCAAGAAACACGACAAGAAUGGGAGGGCCUGGGACCUGGCGGGACCUGGAGGCUUUCGCUUUCACGUGGUGAAGCAUGGCGAUGGCUUCCUACUGAAACGGAUGGAAGUAACUGCGGAUUCGGGACCAGUGGUCAUGGCAAUGAUCCGGAGAGGAAUGCUCAGCGCUCAAGAUCUGGGAUUGUGA